GCCCAUUCGGUCGGUCGAUUUUUCGCGUACAAAGUUUUCCCGACAACAAAUUUUCUACCCUGAUUCGGUCGCGUUUUUCUAGUGUUGGUGGUGGUGCGGUUUGGAAAAUUGCUUGCAAACUAAUUCUGGAGUGAAAAUUUUCGGUGCAACUUAUUUGGAUACGCGUAUGGCGAUGGAAAAUCGGGUUACGCGUCGAGGGUUGCGUAAAACAGCCGGAUGAGUUAGAGGUUUUUCCUUGGCGAAGGCGAGAAAAAAAAUGAAGGCGUAACAAAUUGGCAGCAGGAAAUAGCUGCAGUGUCCUUUUUGCUGGCUCUCGAACUCAUACAUGUAGCUAGACAGGAUUUGGACAAAUAAAAUUUUAUCGUGACGAAUGGGAGCAACAAAAGGAGAUAAACGAUCGUCAAAUUUAAGAAAAAAGCUAUACAGAUGAUCAAAAAUUUAUAAAAUUCCAUCCUAAAAGUGCAAUACUUCCAUUAGCUCAGCUCUUCGAAAGCAGCAAAAGAAAGAAAGAAAAAAACUUCAAAUCCAAAAGUGAGCAAGGAUAUAAACUCACAUGCAAAAUGAACCCCUGAAGGAAGGUCCUGUCAGUUGAUUACGUCGGGACGGCCGAUUGCAGCUAAGCUAGAAGGGAAGGUAUCAUCGAAAAAAAAAAACGGGAAAAUCCUCCAAACCCUUGAUGGACGGAGAAACAAACAGAAUGAAAUGAGCAACAGCGAAACAAUUUUGUCGGUGCAUUGGUGUUAGUGACGUCGCCAAUCAAAGCGAAAAAAAAGUAAACGAGAAACAGCGAAUUUUCCGUUCGUUGUGCUUUUCCGUUUUUCCGAAGGGUGUUUUGUAAUCGAUGGUUGUUGUUAGUGUUGUCUCACUGUUGUUUUGGAAGUGAAUCUGUGAAUCCGUGUGAUUUUUUUUUCGCGGAUGAGAUAAGCGAAGAACUAAUCUUUCCAUCAAUCGUAAAAGCGGGAGAACGUUUGGCGCCAGGUCCGGCGACCAGCAGAGGACACCCACACCCCAUUUGUUGACCCGAAGGAAGAAAAAACACUAAACAAGUCAACAACGUUGACGUCCUGUGCCCCCGAAAUCGAAUGCAAUCGACGGUCGACAUGAUUGAUAUUCAAAAACACAACACAGCAGACGGAGAUGGGCCCAGGAGACGGACAGAUCCGGUGUCGCCACCCGGAACGGUCACCGGAAGGACUGUAGAUCAUCAUCACAACACAGCAAUCCAUCCCACCGGUGGAGGCACUGGUGAAAGUCAAACUGAUAAGCUCGCCGUUCACCUGAUACUGAGUUUCCGGGACCUGUGCCUGUUUACGCUGCUGCUUCCCCUCGGUACCCUGUUCGUGUGCUUCGUGUCCGCCUACAUCUUCCAGCCCGAGGAAAUCCACGAAACCCAUUGUCGGGUAUACAACGUGAUUCCCUCGAUCAGUGCCAUCACCGGCGUCAGCCCACAGCGCUACCUGUGGCGGAUCUCGAUAGCCCUGCACAUCGGGCCCCGCUUCGUGAUUGCCUUCGUGUACAAAAACUACUAUCGGGUGUUGAUCAACGAACUCAUCGAUCCACUGACAAUGAAAAAAGCCACUCGGUUACUCAACAUAGUGUACGUGCUAAGCCUGGUGGAGAUCAGCGCCCUGUGCGGGGUCACCUACAUUUCCAAUAAGGAAAAUUAUCCCCUACACGAAAAGGUCUUCAUCCUGUUUAUGACCUCGUCGCUGUCCUAUAUGCUGGCAACACUGAAACUGCUGAAGGUGCUCCAACCUAAUGGUCCUCAAACGAAUCAGGAAGAGACGUCGUUGCGUUACAAGAAGGCGUUCUUCGCCCUUUCGAUUGCCGCCACCGUGGGACUGAUACUGUUUUUCCUCAAACAUCGCUUCCUGUGCCACGAUUUGGCCUUCAGCUGGUUCGCGCUGUGCGAGUACAUCGUGGCCUCCGCCAAUAUGGGCUUUCACUGCACCACGAUGCUGGACUUUCCGACCGAGGACUUUCUGGUUGCCAAAAAUGCCAAUCGCUACCGGAAGCAGCAGCACGCAUCCAUCAGUUGGAAGCUGGACUGAGCUGUUGCUGCUGGCAACACUGCAGCUUGCGCCAAGCCGAUGUAAUUACGAGCACACCCAUACAAACACACAUCCCCUAACCCCCUUCACUUGAGAUCACUCACACAAAGAAAGAGAAAAACAAACAAAACCCUUUAGAGUUUAAGAUCUAGUGUAAAUUGUUUAGUAAAAUAUCUUCCAGGAAAAAAAAAACGGGAGACUAAUUGGCAAAUCCAUUCGGUGUAGAUUGGUAAAUUUAAAAGAUUAGAAAGUGUACAAGUAUUUACUUUAAACAAAAGUUUGUCAACCAAAGAUGAUUAUUUAGUUAAUUAGAAUCAUGAGAACGAUAUAUAGAAAAAGAACAAACAACAAAAAAAACACACACAUUUACUAAUAUAUAGUAAAAUGAGAAGAGAGUCGUUCGUUUUUUUGUGGCGUGAAAUCGUUCUGUGGAACUCCCCCUCUUCCUUAUUUUAUGUUUACUUAGCGUCUCAACAAAAUACUAAGAACAAAAAGUAAAGCUCUCUCGUGCUAAUUCGCUCUCCAUUCUCCACUUUUUGUUCUCUCUUCGUGGGUGAGUCCAGCAUUCCCGAUUAAGCCCGAAGAUGAGUUAGAUUAAAGGAGGUGUCGUUUUCCAGUAGGCUUAGUAAAUGUGUUCCUUAAUCCCAAGCUUUAGCAGUAGAUAGGCUUAGUAAUCAUUCCGGCUUCCAAGUGGCAACAUUAAACUGGCAACACUGUAGAGGUUUACUUACGUUUUUCUUUUUUUUUAAAUUUGACAGGUGGAGUUCCCAAUCCCAACAGAUGAAAAAUGAACAAUUUUGUUAUUCAAACUAGCGAAAUUUGUAGGUAAAUGUUUGGAAAAAUUACUAACGUACUUGACUUAACCAACCAGAGGAGAAUCCUUUUUACCCUUUUUUAUUAUUUCCAAAAAGAAAAGAGCCGUGUACAAUGUGUACACUAUGCAUGCAUAAAAGAAGAUUUAUCCUCUUAAUAAGUAUUACAAUUGUAUAGCCACAUCCCCCUAGAAAAAAUAUCCAGUUAAAAACUAUGAGAAAUAAAACACUUUCUAGUCCUGGUAACGAUUAGACGAAAAAACUAAGUCCAGAUCUAGAUCCAUUUAAGAAUCUAGUCUAGUCGCACUCACGCAGAGGAGAAAAGAGAAAAAUACAAAAACAAAAUAGGUACCUUAACGUUUUAUAACUGCUAUGAGUAAAACUGAAACACACUUACAUACCUACAGUCUAUUUUUCCACUUCCGUUUUUUAGAAGUGAAAAGCGAAGAAAACUAGCCGAAUUUUCCUUACAGCGCGCGCAUACGUAUUUAGAAAACUGUCCCAUAAAAAACAAAAACAUUAAAAUUUACUCUAAUAUGUGUUGUGAGCCUACUUGGUUGAAUAAUUCUACUGAAUCAAAGCAAUCGAAA